AAGUUAUUUUUUUUAAAAAAAAAGUUGAGUUUUAACUCUAAUUAUGAAUAGAUUUGAAAAUUCCAAAAUUAUAGUUUAUUAAGUUGGUUCUAUAUUUUGUUACUUUUGUAUAUAUGUUUUCCCUUGAAGCAAUUGGGGUUAAGUGACUUGCCCAGAGUUACACAGCUAGGAAGGUUAAAUAUCUGAGACUAGAUUUGAACUCAGAUCCUCCUGACUUCAGGGUUAGUACUCUAUCCACUGCGCCACCUAGCUGCCCUUUUUUGUUACUUUUAUACUUUAAGCAUGGGAGGAAAUAUAAGAGAAAUUUCUAUCAUAUCUCUAUUUGCAAAAUAAUGGCACUCAUUUCUUUGACUAAUUUUUCAUGGUGCACAAGUAAAUUCAAAAUUGACAAAUGGUUUUUCCUUAUAUCUACUUAAAAAUCUAAUUUAAAAAACCCUAUAGUCUGAGUUAUCCAUGGGAAAAUAAAGGAAAUUCAAUAAUUUACUCUUCGGCUGAUAAUUAACCUGGGCUAACAGGUAAUUGCCAGUGUUUGGAAUUUUGGUCCGGGACUCAGGAAGCCCUAAAUUCAAAUUCACACUUACUAGCUGAAUGUACAAGCCACUGAACUCGUGUGCUUCAGGGUCCUCCUAUGUAAAAUGUCCCCAUUUGUAAAACAACCUACCAGAGUUAUUGUGAAGACUCAGCACAUGGUCUUUAGAAAUGUUAGCUAUUUAUUAUUAUUAUUAGCAACACACUAAUUGAGGGCAGAGACUGGUUUUGCCUUUAUAUUCACAAUUUAGAGUAUAGAGUUGUGUGUAUGUUGUUUUUACAUAUAGGAGGCUCUUUACAAGUGUCUCUUAAAUUGAACUGGAUCGUUUGACCUUCACUUCCCAUCUCAGUUCCUUCCUUUGUAAAAAGAGCAACUUGGUAUCUUAAUGCUCUCUUUUAAGCUCUGAAUUCUGAACUCAAAUGAUAACCCUCUUCGAAGCUUCCCUUGGUUGCGCCCUGACAACUUUGGAGAGGAGUGGGAGUUCUGGAUGUAAUACCACCCCACACCACAGAGGGCGAUGCGAUCCUCCGUCGGUCUCCAGCAGACGCUUCCUCUCAAGAACUUACCAAAGCAGGACACAGGAGAGGGGUGACAAGAUAGAGAGAAGGUGUGCAAGUGGCCCAGCUCUCAUGCUCGCCAGAGUAGUUCCUUCCAUGAGUUAAUUUGGUCUCUUUCCCGCCGGAUUCUCUUACUGCCCGCCCUUUACAGAGAAAGCGGAGGCGACGUGUAGAAAGGAUUGAACUAUCUCCCCCCCCCCCAGUAGAGAGGGGGAAAGAUGUGGCCCCCUUAAGGGGCGGCCUGCACCUGGAAGCAGCUUCUGCAGCCGCUGCUCCGUAGGGGUGAACAAAUGUUAGGGGCGCGCUUUGGGACCCACUCGUGCCCCUCCUCCUCCCCCUAGCCGCAGUUCGUGCCUUCUACCUUGCCGAGCCAGCCCAUGGGUCUCCAUGGCGACAGCGGGAGGGGGGGCCACGGAGCCGCCGUCGCUGUGUUCACUGCUGUGUCAGUCGUGUUCAUUCUCACGCUGCCCCCUUCAUUGCCGGGAGGAGACUCGGGGGAGCUGAUCACAGCCGCAUAUGAGCUUGGAGUUGCUCAUCCUCCUGGUUAUCCUUUGUUCACUCUCUUGGCCAAACUUGCAAUUGGUGUAUUCCCUUUUGGUUCCAUUGCCUACCGAGUAAAUCUUCUCUGUGGCUUAUUUGGAGCAGCUGCAGCAUCAUUACUUUUUUUCACAGUUUUCAGGCUUUCUGGCUCAUAUGCUGGAGGAAUCCUUGCUGCGGGGGUGUUUUCAUUUUCUCGCCUAACAUGGCAGUGGUCCAUUGCAGCAGAGGUUUUUAGCCUAAACAAUUUGUUUGUGGGGCUGCUUAUGGCUCUUGCUGCACAUUUUGAGAAGGCAACAACUGCAGAAGACAGAUCAAAGAUAUCCAAGAUUGGUGCCUUCUGCUGUGGUCUUAGUUUAUGCAAUCAGCAUACAAUCAUACUUUAUGUGUUGUGCAUUGCAUUGUGGGUUCUCUUCCGACUUUUUAAAGAAAUGGAACUCUCUCUAAAACAUUUGCUAAAACUGAGUCUAUUCUUCUCUGCUGGUUUUCUACCUUAUCUCUACCUGCCUAUCUCAUCCUACCUCAAUCAAGCUCGUUGGACCUGGGGAGACCAGACAACAUUUUCAGGAUUUCUGACCCAUUUUCUUAGGGAAGAAUAUGGAACAUUUAACCUGGCCAAAUCUGAAAUAGGAUCCAGUAUGUCUGAAAUAUUGCUUUUUCAGAUGGCAAAUAUGAAGGUUGAAUUAUCGAUUAAUAUUCAGAUUCUUGCGGUUGUAGCUUGUUUGAGUUUAGCAAAACAAGACCAAAAAAACCCACCACUGGUGUGGCUUUUUGUUGGAAUGCUUUGUAUUUAUUCAUUAUUCUUUGCUUGGAGAGCAAAUUUAGAUAUUUCAAAACCUCUUUUCAUGGGUGUGGUAGAGCGCUUCUGGAUGCAGAGCAACGCGGUGGUGACUGUUCUGGCUGGCCUGGGCUUAGCUUCCUUUUCCUCACUGAGUAAAAGGAUGCUGAACAGCAGCUUUGUGUUUCAUAUUCUGGAAUGGCUUUCAGCAGCCAUUUUUGUGCUCUAUCAAAUUUAUUCCAAUUACAGUGUUUGUGACCAAAGCACUAACUAUGUCAUUGAUAAAUUUGCAAAGAACCUUCUGUUCUCUAUGCCUCAUGAUGCAAUCAUCUUACUCAGAGGAGAUUUGCCUGGGAAUUCUCUUCGUUAUUUACAUUACUGUGAAGGUCUGAGGCCUGAUAUUUCACUGGUGGAUCAGGAAAUGUUGACUUAUGAGUGGUAUUUACCUAAGAUGGCUAAGCAUUUACCAGGUAUCUACUUUCCUGGGAACCGAUGGAAUCCUGUGGAAGGAAUAUUACCUAGUGGAAUGGUCAUGUUUAAUCUUUAUCAUUUCCUCAAAGUAAAUAAACACAAAGAAACAUUUGUUUGCAUAGGACUUCAUGAAGGUGAUCCCACUUGGAAAGAGAACUAUUCACUUUGGCCAUGGGGUUCUUGUGACAAAUUGGUUUCUUCAGAGAUUGUUUUCAACCCUGAAGAAUGGAUUAAACUUACUAAAAAUAUAUAUAAUUGGACUGAAGAAUAUGGAAGGUUUGACCUAUCUUCUUGGGAAGCUGUAGCUAAUGAAGAAAUGUGGCAAGCAAGGAUGAAAACAGCAUUUUUUAUCUUUAAUCUUGCAGAAACUGCUGAUGUACCUACAAAUAUGAAAAUACAACUUUAUGCUCUUGCAUAUGAUCUAUAUAAGGAAAUUAUAUAUCUACAAAAGAAACAUCCAGUAAAUUGGCACAAGAAUUAUGCCAUUGCAUGUGAAAGAAUGCUUCGUUUUCAUGAAAUCGAUGUGAAUCCUGAAGUCCUGUUAUCUGAGACAAUCAAACAUUUCCACCUCUAUGUGGAGAAAGUACAGGAUGAUCCGCAGCGGGCUGACAUUUUAGAGGCUCUUCGGCACCUCAGAAGGGAACUGCAAGAACUAAAAAAGACCAAAAGAGUCUGAGGCAGUGAUAUUUGUUUAAAAAAAAAAGUGCCUGUCAUCUUACUUCAUGUUCCUAAGGCCUGAGAAAUGUUCAACUUUUCUUUCUGUUUUUAAAAUGAAUUUUUUUAAGGAAGCAGAAAUGCCAAGUAACUUCUAGAAAUCAUGAAAACAGUAAUGUAGUAAUGUGCCUUAAGAUACAGAAAUGUUCCCCGUGUCUUUUAAUGAUGAAGGUAGAACCACAUGGAAAAUUGUUCUGUAUUAUAAAAAAUGAAGAUUUCAGAGAAAUUUGCUGGAAAUUUUUGUUAAAAUAAUCGUGCAGAAAAUUAUUCUAUAUUUUAUAGGAAUGUAAGGUAAAAUUAACAUUUUUCUUAUUUUCAUAUCCUUUAACUUACUAAUGUAUAACUCAGGAACCUUGUUUCCUGUGACCAACUUUGACAAAGUUACAUAUUUAAAAAGAAAUCCUAAGACUUUUCUAUUUCUUGCCUGUAGAUGUUGAACAGAAAUGAGUCAACAGGAAACAUCCUCUCUCCCUUUUUUUUUUUUUUUCUCAAAUCACUGGAUUGUUUGCACAAAACUUCUGCAGCUCUGUCCUAAUUCCUAGUCUGAUGAAAUGCUGAUAAACGUACAGUUGUUAUUGUCUCAUCUUAGGUUGUGCUUUCAGAUUAUCAAACAAGUAAAACUGAUUUGGUGUUCACUUGUCUCAGUAGCAUGAAUUGUUUGGCACUUUCCCCUUUUCUUAGCUAUUUUAAUAUUUGUGUUUUAUCUUUAUUUGUACCCUCAGACAUACCAGAUAGUCCCAAUAAUUAGUAGACUCAUGCUGCCAAAAAAAGAAAAGAUUAUAUAAAUUCUGUUACAACCAUCUUCUAUAGAUAUUACUAAAGAGAACAUACUAAGAAAUGCAAAUAAUGGUUCUUUAUUUUAUUAUGACAGUUAAUUAAUAGCAACCUGUUUUAAUGAAUAAAGUCACUUAGAGUACUUCAGCACUUCCUAAGUAGAGGCCAGAAUCGGUAGGGAUUCUCCCUCCUCCCCCCCCCCCCCCAACAAUUGUAUAGCUCUUAGACUCCAAGCACUAUAUAGGCCCCUGUAUAGAAAUGCUCACUAAUGAAGAGGGAGGGCUAGAAGCUUGUCUGCAUUCAAAGAUCACUGGUGAGUCAUUCAGCAAGAAAAGGCCCCUUACCAGGAAUAGUCACAGUUCCGUGGCAUUGUACUAGCAAAAGGGUCUGAUCAAAGGUCUCCUGUGGAGCUUGCAUGGUUCCCUUUCAUACUACGACCAUAAUUAAAACCACUAAUUCUCUUUUAAAAUGCUGCAGGAUGCCAUGUAGGCAUCUGUCUGGAGUGUCCUUUGUGAUGUCAUAAGCUGUUAAGGACCAGUGCCGAGGGCUUUUGAGUGAAAUGCCAGUCAUGAAGGUGCUUCAAGACAAGGGUGCCUCUAAAGGCUUGACAGGGCCUUGACUGCACAAUUCGAGCUGAAUUUGCCCCCUUGUCAGCUGCCAGUAAAUAAAUCUCAAAGGGGGAAAAGCUGAAGUUUCAUUACCUGAUCCAUGGGGCUUUGUUGGUUUUGGCAUCACACAGGGGAAGCUCUUGCCCCUCCAUUCUGUGGAUUUGAAGAUGUCCAUUGGAGCCUGCAGAGCCUGGAUAGGGUUCAGAGCAGAACCUUUUGAAGAGUGUCAAUAGUUGUAACAGUUCAGCUGUUAGGAAGACAAAUAAAUGGAGGAGCUCAUUAAUCCGCUUUUGGCUCUCAGUGCCUUUUGCCCUUUUAUCACAGCCCUAUUAGGCUCCUACUCAUCUUGAACCAGAAAAAAAUGAAUUGAAGUUGUUGAGUACUAAUUGGCAAAGACUUUUAAUCAUGGGCCAAGAACUUUCACUGACUUGAAAGUAACUUCUCCACAGGGAGGAACCCAAAAUCUGGUUUACCCUAAAACAAAACCCAGUUGGAGUUCAGUGUAGUAUAAAAAUUUAAGGAAGCAUUGAUAAAUUGUCUAAGUUUAUCCACUUGAAAGAAAUUAUGUACAUGAUUAUAAUUUAUGCUGUUUUUUUAAAGCAGAAAUACAGUUUUAAAACUUAUUUUCUUGGAACUCAUUGUCAUUAUUGGCUUGAAUGUGAAGAUGACGUAUAUAUUUGAUGCAUGGAUAUCAAGGAAUGUUUCCUGUUUUCACUGUAAGGAAUGCUAAAUAAAGGCCAUGUUUUGUGGAUGUCUUGCUA